UCCUAUGCUUGUCACUUGCUUGCUCCCCCAAACACCCUCUGCCAUUUGUGUCUUCUUUUCUCCCUUUCUCCAUUUCUCACUAUCUUGUCACCUUCAGGGAAGGAAAGACUUUGGAUUGGAUUGGAAUGGGAAUAACAUUCACAUGUCCAGGUGCUGAUGCAUUUGAUGAGGGGAUUGAAUCUCUCAUUGUUAGAUCCUUGAGCUUCAAUGGAGACAAUGAGAAAUCCCCCUUGAGAUCUUCCUUUAGUUUCAAUUCCAAUGACAAUGAAUCAUCAUCUAUUCUCAGAGCUUUAGGCUCUGGAAAGUUGAUCAUAGAAGGGUCACUGGAUUUAGAUAAGAAAGAAAUGGAUAUAUCGAUAAAAAGCCCGAAGACGACGGAGAAGGAGGAUUCUCCCAAGUCAGAUGGAUUCAAGAACUCCGGGUUUCGGCUUUUCAAUGAUAAUUUGCCACAAACUCUUCUUGCUCAACCCAAUGAACCGAAACAUUUAGCGGCGGUGAAGCUGCAGAAGGUUUACAAAAGCUUUAGGACACGACGACAACUCGCAGAUUGUGCUGUUCUUGUUGAGCAGCGAUGGUGGAAAUUGCUAGAUUUUGCAUUGCUCAGAAGAAGUUCCAUAUCUUUCUUCGACAUUGAGAAGCAGGAAACUGCUGUUUCCCGGUGGUCGAGAGCAAGAACAAAAGCUGCUAAGGUUGGGAAAGGUUUGUCGAAGAAUGAAAAAGCCCGGAAACUGGCCUUGCAGCAUUGGCUAGAAGCGAUUGAUCCACGACAUCGAUACGGGCACAAUCUUCAUUUCUAUUAUGAUUCUUGGCUUAAAUGCGAGAGCCGGCAGCCGUUCUUUUACUGGUUAGAUGUCGGAGAAGGGAAGGAAGUCAAUAUUGAAGAACGAUGUUCCCGAUCAAAGCUCCAGCAGCAGUGUAUAAAAUAUCUUGGUCCAAAAGAAAGAGAGGCCUAUGAAGUUAUAAUCAAAGACGGAAAGUUCUAUUACAAGUGCAGCAGACAACUACUAGACACAACUCAAAGCUUGAAAGGGACAAAGUGGAUCUUUGUUCUGAGCACAUCAAAGGCUAUGUAUGUCGGGCAGAAAAAGAAGGGAGUAUUUCAGCAUUCCAGUUUCUUGGCUGGAGGAGCUACAUCUGCUGCAGGGAGAUUAGUGGUGGAAAAUGGAUCUCUGAAGGCUGUGUGGCCUCACAGUGGUCAUUACCGGCCAACCGAAGAAAAUUUUCAGGACUUCAUGAGCUUUCUGAAAGAGCAUUAUGUUGAUCUCACUGAUGUUAAGAAAAGUCCAGCUGAAGAUGAUGAUGAGUCCGGAUUUAGCCUUCGGUGCAACACCGGCCUUGCAUGUAAUGGUUCUCAAGAGGACCUAACUGAGAAGAGCCUAACAGAGAAAACCCCAGCAACUGAAGGCUUGACAAAUAUUGAAAUGCCGCCGCAAGUACUUAACUCUUGCAGCCAUGCAGAAGAAGAAGAAGAACAAGAACAAACAUCUAUGAUGACGAACAAUGUCAAAAAGCAGGCGGAGAAUGAAGAAAGCUCUGAUGAUGAAGAAGAAACAAACAUGGAGACAAACUUGAAGACACAGUUCAAGAGGCCGAGGAGACUUAAAAUUGGUAACUCCAUGGUUGCCAAGGACGAGGAAGAUGAAUCCAUGGCUUCUUACAUGCUCCGCAAGGAAAAUCUUUUUGUGGAAGAGUCUGCCGAGGAGGAACAUGUAGCGGUACCUCAAGAUUGGAUUCUGAGGAGGAUUGACUCGAGAAGAGGAGCAAAAUCAUAUCAACUCGGGAAACAGUUGUCCUUCAAGUGGACAACAGGUGCUGGACCAAGGAUUGGUUGUGUGAGGGACUACCCUUCUGAGCUGCAAGUCCUUGCCUUAGAACAAGUGAGCCUUUCUCCAAGAGACACAAGGAAGUCAAGAUCAUGCUGUGCUUCACCAUUGAUUCCUGCUAGCCCAUGCACCAAGAAAUCACAGGUUCCCUCAACCAAAGAUGAUACACUGUGACAGAAAUAGAAAUCGUCAUAAAUUUUUUCUUGUAUAUACAAUAAAAAAUUUUGCUUCAUUUGUUUUAUAGAUCUUGUAUAGCGGCUAAACUUGCAAAAUG